AUGAAUGCUUUUGAGAAGAUGAGGGAGUUGGUCGAUGGCCGACGCCCAUCAAGUGUCAAGUCACGUGGGGGAAUAGCCCCACCUGGGACUAGCGUGAAUCUCCAGCACAACACGCUGGUCGAUUGUUCCCCGACCUGCGAUUCUGACCAGAGCUCCGAAACCGCGAUCGAUAGCGAUUCUGAUAUCAGCCCAUCCGCCACCAUCGAGGGCGCCACUUCUUCCUCCUCUUCCAAGGCGCCUUUCGCGCGUGGGCAUCGCCGUCGUUCCACCCACGUUACUCGACGUGACCUUGAGAAGUUUCAAUCGGAGGUUUUGGGUGUUGAGAAUCACGCCUCCUGGUACGACGAGGAUAACGGUUCUCCCCGAACCUUCAACCUCAACGAUCCUGCUCUCGAGGAACUAAACCGCGCUUUUGAUAACGCCGACAUCUCUAUGAACGCUGCUACGAUGUCUAACAACGUUCCCAACGCUAGCAUCUUUGCGGGCUCGACUGGCUACGCCGAUAGCAAUGCCGUGCCCAAUGUCCCUCCUCGCCAGACGUCAUCUCCCGCUCUUUCGCAUGCUUCCUCUACCACUCAGAUCAGUGGUGGUGGCAUCGGCGCCAUGGGUGGCAUUCCGAUGAACGCUGGUCACCAGAUGGACCUGCACCAUCUCUACGAGAUGGUCGUCGAAUUGAGCGAUGUUUUGAAGAACAACCGGGAUGUCACCAAAAACAUCGUCGCCAACGCCGAGGAGAUCAUGAAGAAUGGCAUCGCCGAUAACUCUCGCUCCAGUGACCAGACCGGUGAAAAUCUUGCUGCCCGCAUCGCCGAACUCGAGCGCGCCUUGGCAAAGGAGAAGUCCGUGUCUGCAAACCACAAGGCCCAUCGCCAGGAGAAUUGGGACAUGGUUAUCGAAUUCCAAAACGCCGUUGGAGUCAUGGUUGAGCAGAUCCGCAACUACUGCCAGAACAACAACAUGCACUACCUCGCUCAGAAGCGCCACUACAACAACCUUCUCCAGGCCGAGCGCGAUGCCCACCUGGAGAGCCGUCUCGAUCGCGAUCACUGGCACGCCCAAUUCCUCAAGUGUGCUGAAGUUAUCCGCACCGCCUACCGCAUGCGCUGCGAGGAAGAUGACACCCCUACCAAGAUCAUCUCCGGUCUGCAGAACGAAGUCCGCGCCUACCGCUUUGCACUGGGUAUGGAACCUGAGUCUAAGGAGGAGGAGUACGGUUGGGAGUAUCUCAAGAAUAUCCCCGGUCUGGAGUAG